UUGCACAUUUUUACGUGCAAUACAUAGAAUAGUAUACUGCACACUUCCCAGAAUGCAAAAUCACAGGUACAUCGUGUGCUAAGCGAACGACUUAGUCUUUUUCUGCAUUUCAUCAGCAAGGGGAUUUGCUCGUGGAUCCUAGUGGAUCAUGAAGUGAAAUAAUUAUUGCAAAUUGCAAUAGCAAAUAACAUCAGCAUGAUCAUGAGUAGAUCGACAAGUGGGGUUUAAUGUGCUGUUGUUACACGCACACUGGUGUCUGCCUAAUUUUUUUUCGUAUCCUUUCCGGGUUCGCGUGUCGGUCAACCCUUUGAGCGACACAACAGUUAUGGCGGUUCUAACUCUGAUGGUUUUGGUCCUGUUUCAAAAAACUGCAGGUGACACGGUGCACCAGACAAUGGUCACUACAGCACCUUACGGGGCUGGGCUGGAUGGGGUGAGUGUCAAGUGCAUACGCAGCAGUCCAGAUGAACACCUACCCUUCUCGUAUAGCAGACCUUUCAAACUGGACAUUCCAGGGGUCCGAAAUCAAACCACCACGUUCCCAGAGGGAACGACGCUGUUGGUCGCGGAUAACACGUUGGAAUGGGUUCUACCCUCCAUUACAGAGGCAGCCGGAAUGUAUUUCUGCCAGGGUUGGAAUACAUACACAAAGCUUACUUCGACAGUUUACAGCAUCAUUCAUAGCAAUCAGAGGAAGUUCGAACCAGCCGAUGGACAAGUCACAAAGACCGUCAACAAGGGAGAAAACGUGACUCUGGCGGUGAUCCCAGCCAACAACGGCAGUCUUCCCCUAUGGCAUCGGUUUACUUACGUGGGCUCACGUUCCAAUCUAGCUUCCAUGCAGUAUGUGAUCCAACUGAGUUCAGGCAUGGUGGCCGAUGGUGAUUUCUUUGUCGUCACUGAGAGAGACGCUGCACUUGACGACAAUCACUUUGGAAUGAUUAGGCUCAUUAUCAGAGGCUGUGUUGCGGGCAAGUGGGGUCCUCCUGAUUGUGCCAAGGUGUGUGAAAUGUGCUACAAUGGAGGAGUGUGUGAUGAUGAGACAGGAGACUGCAUCUGUCCACCAGGAUUCAAUGGACCAAACUGCCUCACUGCAUGUGGUAAGCACAAGUUCGGUUGGCACUGUGAAUAUGAAUGUGGCGCUGAAAACAUCAUUCAGAGUUGUACAGGGAGCCAGUUUGGUCUACCAGACCCCUAUGGGAACAGCUGCAUCUCGGGAUAUUAUGGGAAGGACUGCGAUACAGAGUGUUCAAAUGGGACUUUCGGCGCUGGAUGUACACAGACCUGUCACUGUAAGUCGGGAACCUGCGAUGGCUUCACUGGAGAAUGCACAGGGUCGCCUGAAUGUGCAACAGGCUGGUCAGGAUCAAAUUGCCAAAUUCCCGAUAAGUGUCCCGUCGGAUAUUAUGGAUCAGAGUGUAUCAGAAAGUGUCUGUGCUUCAACAGGACAGUACCAGAGGGAGAGUGUGAUAGAGUCACGGGAGAAUGUUCCACUCCUACAGAGCCUCUUAAUGUAGUUCUACUAGCGGCAAUCGGUGGAGGUAUCCUUGUCGUCUUGAUUGGGGUAUCCCUCUCAGUAACAUUUGCCUGUCUUGGUCGGAAUCGUCGCCAGCGUCACAGAACCAAACAAAGGGAUAGACGUAGUAAUGACGACAGUGCUGAGUACGAAAACAAUGACGCACAGGAUCUUAGAGCAGAAGGUUCACGGCCGAUGACACAGGAAGAAUUGCCGGCACAAUUCUAUGAGAAUGACUUCAGGAACCUGCCCAAAGCAGACGUCGGCCAUGAUGAAGCUCGGUGCCCGUACGUGGAGGUGGUGGCAACGCCCAAUUAAAACCGUUGUCCACUCUAAAUGGGGAAAUCCCCCAGUCGAAAACGAAAGUGGGUAUCUUCUCGUAGACUUUAAUCAGCACCCUUGCUUUCGGCGGCUAGUCGAGGACGGAAGAAGUUUCAAAGGGGCCCAUACCUCUAUACUGAGGAAGGAGAGUUGGGAACUGUUUUCAAAGCUGCUUAUUAAAUUUCUUAUGCGGGAGGGUUGAGGCUGUGGUCCUGGAUUGAAAAAGCAUUGUUUGCCACUCCACGAGUGCGACUGACACUUCACGGUCUACUUGAACAACAGAGAAAAUUAAUUUAGUUUACAUCGAUUAAUAUAUUCAGUUUGCAUGUGUCUUAUUAUAAAACCUUGACACCUGUUGUACUAACUCUUCUCUUCAAAGGCCGCUUUCUGUAAACAGCGACGCACCUUGAUGAAGAGAUUUGCUCCUUAAGUGCGGUCGUUUUAAAAUAGACUAGAAUGCAUCCACGUUGAUAACAUUGGCUUGUAUGCCCUUCUGUAUACCUUGUUUACGUUUCAAUUUCAGAAUUCAACUUUUCAAUUCAACAAUUUAAAGUUGAAAAUGAGAUUUUUUUUAUGUACGGCGUUGCUUGAUUUUACUUCAGAAACACCAUCAAACAACCGAGGUUAACAUUUUUGCUACCCGAGGCUGGGCAUCAAGUCGAAAUCUGAGAAAGUGCACGAUACGAUCUGUAUGCAUUAACAAUAAUCUACGACUUUAAUGUUGAUAACAGGGGUUCAAGUGAACCACGAUCUUUAAAUUCACGACUAAGCCAACUUGUACAAAUCCUCUCUGCGAAUUCUGCGAAACGACAGUGCGCCACUCAAUGAUGUUGCCGUCUUUAGCUUAGCAUGUCAUGUUGACCGCUCCGCGCAACAUGCACAAUGGUUUAUCCCGUGUUGUGUAAGCUAUGACUACUGUUAAGAAUCAUCAAGAAGGCGUAUUCUUUACCUUAUAAAUAUUGGACUCAAUGUAACCAUGUAUUAAUAUUAUACACUCAGUCAAAUUAAAACGGUAAAUAUUUCUAAAAAUGACAA